AUGUCUUUCUCCAAAAUAACUCAACACUUUCGUAGGACCGUUUUUCCAACUCACUUCGUUAACCGUCGAGUACGAUUCCUUCAGUCGCCGAGUCUUAUAUUGGGGAACUUGAGACCUGACUUAUUUCAAUCAUCACUUUCGAGACCUUAUGCAAACUCUUCACCUUCCCCCCACACGUCUCCCGAAGAGUCUACAUCGUCCUCCUACCUAAACAAAUUCACAAAAUACAUUGCAAAACGGCUUCCAACUACUAUAUUGGCGAAUAUAAUUGUAACUGGCCUUGUUGGUCUUAUAUCAGUGGACCUUAUGUACGCUUGGUAUGAAGAAAAUAUUAGAGCCUUGGAGGCCUUCAAGCGUGCUAGUGCAGUGUACAAAGCAAAACACAAUAAACCUCCAGUCAUCGUUUAUGACAACAUUGCCAAAUUAGUUAAUGUGAACCCAAAAGUUCUUGAUACUCUCCAAGAUGACGCUAAAAUGAAUGCUGAUCACCGAAAGUACAUUGCUGUAUUUGUCAGUAGUGAAGGGAGCGUACCUAGAAGGAUGGAAUCUCGUAGUGCCUGGUCACGUGCAAAAAAACCUGUAAUGGAAAUUGGUGACCUUAACGAGAAAGAAUCGAUGGAAUAUUUGACUAAGAAAUGCAAAAUCAAUGAAGUAGAGGCAAAAAAAUUAUAUGAUUUGGUUGGUGGUCGCUUUAUAGAGUUAAAGACUGUGGUGGGUGAUUUCACGGCUGGACAAUCUCUCGAAGACAUUAAAAAUUCGAUUCUAAAUGAAGUUGAGAAGAAAUUCCAAUUUGCAAAACUCCUUCCAAAUGAUCCAUAUUACAAUGUGGGGAAGAAUAUCAUCAGUGAUUUGCUGAAGUCUAAGGAGCUUAGUUUUUUAGCAUUUAAGAAAUAUUUCAAUGAGGUUAAGGAAUUAAAUGAAGUAUUGGAAAGCAACGUAUUUUCAUAUCAUCCGGAAAAAAAUAUUGUUACAUUUCAGUCCCAAUCGAUAGAAUCCUACAUUCGGGAAAACAUUGAUAUAUUCGUUAACUCACCUCCCAACCAACGAAGUCAUAGAAUCCAUGAUAGUAUAAAUCGAGAAGGUCGAACAGUUAGAGAAGAAUGA